GCAGCGCGGCGCCGUUUGAAUGGCGCAGGCUCCGGGCGCUGGGCCGCGGCCGUAGCUCUCGGUGGCUCCUCCUCCGCUCGCGGCGUGGCCCGGCCCGGUACCAUGAGCAGCGGGGAUCUGAGAGAUUAUGGCAGCUGAAGCCCACCAUGGUAGGAAACAGAAGGUGUUACUUAUCGAAGGCCAUCCCACCGAUCUCCCCAGGAAAAGGAUCUCCUCUUCCACUAAAAAGAUCAUGAAGGAGGGUAAGAAAUCUCCAAAACAGCUGGCUUCAUACACAAACAGGAUCACAGUUGGCAAGGCAGCGACUGGCCCCCUCUCUCUUUUCAAAGUGGUGUAUUGUAAAAGAAGAGUUCAUUGUUACAGUCCAAAGCCUUGUUACAGAAAGAAGCAGCUCCCUAAAGCUAGGGGCUGUGACAUGGCAAAUAAGGAAAAUGAGCUGGCUUGUGCAGGGAACCUGCCAGCGAAGCUGCACAGCGACCCUCGCAGCCACCUGCUGCAUUCCAGUGACGCCGGCUCCUCUCAGACAGAAGGGCCCUCCUCCAAAUACAGUGGCUUCUUCUCAGAGGUUUCUCAGGACCAUGAAACUAUGGCUCAAGUUCUUUUCAGCAGGAAUCUGAGGCUGAAUGUAGCUUUAACUUUUUGGAGAAGGAGAAGUAUAAGUGAGCUGGUGGCCUACUUAGUGAGGAUACAGGAUCUUGGGGUGGUGGUAGACUGCCUUCCUGUGCUCACAAACAGUUUACAGGAAGAAAAACCAUACAUAUCAGUUGGCUGCUGUGUAGAUCUCCUGCCUUUGGUGAAAUCCUUGCUUAAAAGCAAGUAUGAAGAGUAUGUGAUAGUUGGCUUAAACUGGCUUCAGGCUGUCAUUAAAAGAUGGUGGUCAGAACUGUCUGCACACAGAGAAAAGGCAGAGGAUGGGAAUAUUCCUAUUUUAAAACAGCAAUUAAGUGGAUUAUGGGAACAGGAGAAUCAUCUGACUCUGGUUCCAGGAUACACUGGUAAUAUAGCUAAGGAUGUAAAUGCUUAUUUAUUACAGCUGCACUGACAUGGUUGGGAAGCUGCUUCUGUGGUGAAACAAUCCCCUGAAGUGUCCCUGAAGUAAGGACUGGUUCUGAAAGCCACCUGAGAAAUCCUGGGAGAAGAGAGGCGAACUGUCAGCUGUUUAAUGAAACCACUAACACCCCCUAACAAUCUACUUCACAUUGAAGUGGAAGAAUGUCUAGCAGGAGCAACUUUUACUUCAGUGAGGUGAAAGUGCACUAUGAAAACUGUAUGCCUUUGCUGCAUUUGGGAUUCACUCAGUGACUAGAUGUUCCUUUAAAUGCUACUGGAUUUUGCUACAGCGUUGCAGAUAAGAAGGUGAGCGACAAGACAGCAG